CCUGGGUGUCGUGUCCGGCGAGCUGCCGCCCGCCUGUGCCUGAGGGUGCCCGGCGCUCUCAGACAAAAGGACUUCAGAGGCGCCCGGGCUGGGGCGGGCUUCCCCUGAAGCCCUUGGCUCUCCGGAGCUGGCUUCUAGAUUUCUGAAACUUGUAUGGCUUUGGAUUCAAACAAAAGGCUAGAAAUCAGAAUAAUCUUCACAUUUCUUUCAAUAAGAAGUAAUAAUGCAACGAAGACAUGGAAGAGUCAAUGCUGGACUGCUUUUGCUGCUUUAUCAAAUUUCUCAAGUUGGACUCCAGAACAUUCCUUCUGUUACCCUUGGGGUACUUGCACUGAAUAUUUUUUUCUUUCUGAAUCCUGUGAGACCACUGCCUGAAGUGUGUAUCAGUGUAAAUGAAGGCUUCCACAGAAAGAACUGGCAGCGUUUACUACUUUCUCCUGUCCACCAUGCAGAUGAUUGGCAUUUAUAUUACAACAUGAUUUCCAUGCUUUGGAAGGGAAUGAUGCUGGAAAAAAAGCUCAAGAGCACAUGGUUUGCAUACAUAAUUGUAGUAUUUUCAGUGCUGAUUGGAGUUGUUUAUAUGACAUUGGAAUUCAUGCUCACGAAAAUUCUGGAUGAUCCUUCAUAUGAAAUGAAUUGUGCUGUAGGCUUUUCAGGAGUCUUGUUUGCUUUGAAAGUUCUUAACAACCAUUACAAUCCAGGAAGAGUCAGCAGUGUCCUUGGAUUGCGGAUAUCCAGUAAAUAUGCUUGUUGGGUUGAGCUGGUGGCUAUUCAUUUAAUCUCCCCAGGAGCUUCUUUUGCUGGGCAUCUGUCAGGAAUUCUUGUUGGUUUGAUGUACACUAAGGGACCUCUGAAGAAGAUUAUGGAAGCCUGUGCAGGUGGCAUUUUUUCAUUGUCUGACCCUGCCAGGCCAAGGGAUUACUAUUCAGACUAUUAUGGCUAUUCAAGUUAUCAGUAUGGAACGCCGAGGAACUAUUAUGAUUAUACAGGUGGACUUACUGAAGAAGAGCAGCUUGAAAGGGCAGUGCUAAACAGUCUUACUGAAAGAGGAUUAUUAUUAUAUGUGAAUCCAUGCAGACCGUUUGGCAUUCUUCUAGGAGAGGCACAAUUACCUUUCAGGAGCAGUGUGUGGAGAGCAUUCCUUCAGAUGUCUGGAGGAAAAUGUACGAAUAUUUUGGUGGAGCAACAUACAAUAAUGAGCGGCGAUCCUAUGGGGUUUGGUUUCCACCUGACCAGCAUUCAGAAGAGGAAAUGAGAAGGCAAAGGCUUCGUAGGUUUGAGAGACGAUGAAGUUGGCAGGUGUUGAUGUAAAUUGUAAAGUGCUGUUCAGAGUUACCAAAGUAUUUGUGGAUUUAUUUGUAAUUUGCAGAUUCACUUGCAAUCUUCCUUUUACUUUUUCAUUUUUUUUGCUACUAGUUGCAAAACAGCAGAGGAUUUUGUGAGUUCAGGCUCAAAGUUGGAACUUGCAUAAAAAGUGUGAGAUAGGAAACAAAAUGUGAUCUUUGUCUCCAUAUUUAUGCACCUUAAAUCUGGGAGAAAACUGUGGGUUUACCACACUGUCUCCUUUUUUUUGCAUAGCUUCAAGAAUUUCUUGGCUUUUUGACUGUUGGUGUUCUCAGACAACACCUUUUCUUCCUGCAUCACAGACCAAAAACCUUUAAAUUUUCUAUAUGAUCUUAAAACUAUGCAAUUUUUCCGUAUGAACUUUUCUGUGUUUAUGAUGACCAGCUGGUUUUGGGAUUGGCAUGUGACCUGUCACUUGAAAAGGCUGCUUUGACAACAGCUGGAUCAUGUGAGUUUACACUUAAGCUUUUCAGCAGUCUUUCAAACUCGGUGAAAAAUAGUUGCAACUAUCCUCACCCUGAGGAAUUAUUUAAUACAACCUUUAAUGUUUAGUCUUCCUCAAAACGUGCCAUUUUAUAUAGAGUUUGUACAUGAUAAAACAGGGUUGUAACUACUUAUGAUUUCCUGAAUUUCUUAAAUAUUUUUCUUAAUAUUUGAGAAAAAUAAAGCUUUUCUUAAUAUUUAUGUUUUAAAUCAAAAAAGGCUUCCCUUUACAGAGUAGAAAUAAUUUGUUAGGAGUUUUAUGGAAAGGGAAGUGCAUAUGCCAGGCAAAGAAUAUAUUUAUUUAGUAGCUUAGACUUUUUCAAAUCAUCUCUUUCCCUGUUUAAGAAGGCUUGGAAAUUGUAUUGUGUCUAUGAUGUUCAUGCAGCCUUAGAAAUCCUUUUUGUUUGUAUGUGUGUCAUUAUGUCCAAUAGCAGCACUAAGAGUUUGCAGACUUGUGGAGAUCUUGUCUAAAUAGGCUACCUUGAAUUUGUCGUUUUGUAAAAGACUCCCUCUACCCAACUCUAGAGUAGUUGAUAGGAGACCAGAGAGCUCAGCUGUCACUUUGGGCAGACCCUCCACUCGCUGCUUGUCACACAGUGGCUGUCGUGCUUUUGGCACAUCUGCCUACCGAGUAAUGUUAACUAAUGAACCUGAAGGCUUUCUGUUCUAGUAUCAGUCUGAAAAAUUGCUAUUGCCCAGGCAUUUUAUUCUCAUAAUAGAAGAAAUUCUUCUGAAAUUUGGGACGCUCCUCCAUAACUAUUUUCAGUCCUGAAGAUGUGUGUUUGCAUGAGAAUAAUUAGAUUACUGGCUUUUGGCACAGACCUGUUGGAAUUUCUCCAUCAGCACUGAUUUAGAGCAUUAAGAAGAGCAAUAUAAUGGUUUCCUUUCAGGUACAUGCCAUCACCAACUUGUGCUUUAUGGAGUUACAGUCUGAAUGUAAAUAAGUGCUGCAUUUUUCAUACAGAAAAAAAUCCUGAAACUCAAUUUUUUACUAUGCUCUUUAUUUAAAGAGUACACCUUCUGUUUGUAACUGAUGUGUGUAGGGAAAGCUUUUGUUUAUUUAAAAAUGCACAAGCUGUUCUUUCUCUCCUGUGCCAUUCUCCCUUUCACCAUCCUUUUUAUACCUAUCGUGGAUUUUUAUGCCAAGAAGCAGCACCAUAUUGUUACACAAGCUCUGUGGCUCAAGGUUCUCAGAGGCAAAAGGCACAACUGUAGUGUGACUUUGGGUAUCUCAUUCAGGUAGUGUAAGAACACUGUUAAUACUAUGCAAAGUGCUUUCUGGCAGAUUGUAAGACACUUAGCACAUAAGGAAUGCUGAUUUUUGUUCUUUUCUUGGGCUUGGUUGUUUUUGCAUAUAUGCAGUAGCCGUAGAAUAGAACAGCAGAUACUUUUAUAGUAAGGUAACUUUGCUAAAAAUAAGUACUGAAAAACUCCAUACAGUUUGCAUAUUUUUCUCAGUGGGUAAGAAUUUGAUGCAAAUGAGGAGGAAACAGCAUUGGUUCCUCAGACUAAUCUUCCAAUGCUCUGGUCAAAAGUUUCAGUGCAACUUCCUGUGUCUGUUAAACUGUGUUAUUUUUAAUUAUUUAAAACCACUGGAUGAGCCACUAGUCAGUUGAAAAAACAUAC